AUGGAAGCUAAAAAUUUACAUACAUGGUUACCUUUCACAAAUGAUGAUUGGAUACUAAAGGUUAUUCAAUUAUCAGAGAAUGAAUUUAUUGCAUCAACUAGUAAUGGCUCUUUGAUUGGAUAUUCAAUUUCAAACUUGUCCUCCACCCCAACUAUCAAGAUCGAAAAAGCACAUGAAUCAAGUAUUAAUGAUAUUGUGAAGAUUGAUAACGACUCAAUUGCAUCAUGUUCAACUGAUGGUAUUAAAAUAUGGAACUUAAGAAGCAAAUCAGCUAUUUCCACCUUGACUAAUACAAAAAAAUCCAAUUUCUUGUCACUAGCAUAUAAGAAUAAUUUAUUGGCAGCAGGAACAGAGUUAGUAGGUGUUGACGCUGAGUUGCAUAUAUGGGAUAUUAGAAACACAGAUAACGUAGUUCGGUCUUUUGUUGAUUCCCACCACGAUGAUAUCACUGCAUUGGAAUUCCACCCUACAUUGACAAAUUAUUUGAUGUCAGGCUCAACCGAUGGGUACGUUAAUAUUUACAACUUGAAUGAGACCGAGGAAGAUGAAGCAUUGCAUCAAGUCAUAAACUUUGCCUCUGUACACUCAUGUCAUUUUAUAACAGAAUCUAGAAUUUCGAUCUUGUCGCAUAUGGAGACUUUCAUGGUGCAUGAUUUGAAUGACACCAAUUAUGAGGAAUUAGUUGAACCGAAAUUCAAGGAUUUUGGUGAUCUUAGAAAAGAAUGGCCACUGAAUGAGUACGUGAUAGAUAUAUCUCCUGCAGGUUUUGCUGCCUAUGGAUCCCAUUCUGAAAGCUCGUUAUCCUUAUUACCAUUUAAUCCUGAACGUGAAAGCUUUGACAUUUCAAAGUUGAUAUUUUUUCCAAAGGCACAUGGAGAGGAAGUUGUUCGCGAUUUCAUUGUGAUACCGAACUCGAAAAUGGCAUUAAGUUGUGGAGAGGACGGAAGAAUCAAGUUAUGGGAACUACCCUUCCAAUUAAAGUCAUUUCUAUUGGGAUCGGAAGAAAAAGAAACUGAUAUCACCAUGACCGAAGGUGACGUCCAACUGGAGAAAAAAUCCAAGAAAGAUAGAAAAGAUAAAAAGAAAGAUAAAAAGAAACAUAAGAAAGACGUUAGAUUUAAACCAUAUUAA